AUGAAUAUCUUCGCCUUCGGCUCAAACGGCUCAGGCCAACUAGGCAUCGGCCACGAAGACGACGUCUCAACACCAACGCAAUGUCUCUUUGAAGACCCAAACUCCAACAACCCCACCAACGGAAAUAAAAUCACCACCAUCGCAGCAGGCGGGAAUCAUACCCUCCUCCUAACAACCAGUGGCGUCCUCUACGCCGCCGGCUGCAACACGGAUGGACGGUGCGGGCCGCGCAAGCCCACAAACCAGAGCCAGAAUCAGAGCCAGACAGAAGCCUCAAAUGGCACGAAUCUCCUACGCUUCCGCAAGGUAAUCCUCACAGACCCCGUGUCCGACACCGCAGUUUCCAAAUUCAAGCAUGUUUCCGCUACAUGGGAAGGAACGAUUGCAGUGGCUUCCGUGCCGUGCAGCCAAGAGCCAGACUCUAGCCGCCAAGACCGGGUUUUCGUCUUCGGCUCGUCGCCCAAGGGCGAGCUGGGCGUUGGAAUAGAGUCGCCCGUCCCCGGGUUUUGGUCCUGUAUGAGUUCGUUUCCGCCGGAGGGUACGGAAAUCACCGCGCUAGCGAGCGGGAUGGCUCAUUCGGCUGUUGUGCUUUCGGACGGAUCUGUUUAUGGAUGGGGUGCUGCGCGGAAGGGGCAGCUUGGAGCUGGGAAUUCGGCGGGGAAGAUUGCUUAUUCGCCUGUGAAGAUUUGGGUUCCGUUUUUCGCGGAGAAUGUGGCUUGUGGAAGGGAGUUUACGGUUGUUUCUGGAAGGGGUAGGUUUGUUGUUCUUGGUGAUUGGGGCAAUCGCUGGGGUGUGUUGCGGGUGCCGGAUUUACUUGCGGUGCCGGGUGCGGAGGUGGAUGCGGGUCUGGGGCUUGCUGGGGAAGAGAAGGGGUGUGGAGGGUGUGAGGGGUCUGUUCCUUAUGGGUGUGCUGAUAUUGGGGCUAGUUGGCAUGGGGUUUAUGUACAUGCUGCUCCGGGACGGGAACGGGUGGAGGCUAUGUGCUCUGGGUCUUGGUCUUCGGUUGAGGGCCAGACUGGUUCCCAGUCUGGGUCUGCCGGGUCUCUUGUUGCUUGGGGGCGCAAUGAUCGAGGACAGCUUCCACCGUCGGAACUUCCGACCCCGGUCAAGUUCGCUGUCGGUAGCGAGCAUGCCCUUGCGCUCCUGGAAGACGGUCGAGUUGCGGCUUUUGGAUGGGGCGAGCAUGGGAAUUGUGGGCCGGAUACGGAUUCCCAAGGGAAUGUAUCGGGUAGAUAUAAUGUGGUUUCGCUCCCUGAAGCAGUGGAUGGGAAGGUCGUCGGCGUUGGAGCCGGGUGUGCGACGAGCUGGAUCCUUCUUGAAUGA